CCGGGCUGCGGAGGGCGACGGAGGACGCCGGGAGGCUCCUGGACGGCCGGGAGGGACCGGCUGGAGAGGGGCUGAAAGGCCAAGCCAGUUCCACGUGAAGAAGGGGCAGAUAUCCCGGAGGAAACCCACUGCCUGGCACCUGAGCAGGACGUGCCCCACGGGGGCCUUUUUUCUGGGACCUGAUCUCCAGGAAAGAGCUCGGAGGGAGGUGCACGUCAGAGCUCAGGAAUUUGCAAAACACAUUCUUGAGCGUUGUUAGGAUCUCCUCACACGUAAACAGGAAUCAAGGCCCCAGGGGGAGGGAGAGCUCCAGGCUUGGCACCGGACACUCGAAUCACAUUCCAGUGGGAGAUGCGGCUUCAGCUCAACUCCUCUGCAUCUGAGUGGGCUUAGCCACGUGGGGCGGGAAGACAACUAGCCAGCCAGAGCUGUCCCCACGUCCGUUUCCUUGCUGCUUGCCCAGCCAGCCUGCGACGCGUAACCCUGCCAGCGAAGCCCUCUUCCCAGGAACGAGGUCCAGAGAGCUGGAUCUGCAAGCGUAAUUCCAAAAGUCUUGCGUGACCAGUGACGUGAAACUUCACCCCUUGCCUUGCACAGAGAGUGUGGACGGCCCAGGCCGCGACCAGCACGACAGCAGGAGCCAUCUUGGCAGCGCGCUCCGGGAUGCGCGUCUGCCCUGCCGUCUUCCGCCAGCACUACCCCUUCAUGGUCCGCACCCGGUUCAAAGCCUGGCUCGCUGCAAGCACCUUCUAGCCUCAUGCAGGACGCUUUUGGAGAAACCAGAACCACGGACAGGAACGUGAAGAGCCUCCUCAUGUCAUGUCUGAAAGGGCAGCAGGUCAUCAUCAAAAUGGAGGCCAUGAAGAUUAUCCACCCAGAAAAGUUCUCGGAGCUGCAAAGCUCCCAGUCACGCUAUGUCCCGGCACCCCGCCGGGACCCUCCCCUGGUUGCCAAGCGGGCCUGGCCUUCGGAAUCCGAGAUCAUCGUUAAUCAGGCCUGCGGGGAUAUCCCAGCCUUAGACAACAAUCCAGGGUCCCUGGGGCUGUCACGGACCCCGCCCUUGCCCCGGCGCGAGAGGCUGUACCAAGGGCAGCGUAAGGGCAGCUCCGACAUCUGCUACCACCGCCAAACGCCAACCUCGGACGAGGUGAUCGUCAACCAGUACGUACUGCACCCUUCCACUCCCUGCGAGCCACUGGAAUGCCCCACCUGCGGCCACACGUACAACUUCACCAACAAACGCCCGCGCAUCCUCUCCUGCCUGCACUCGGUGUGCGAGGAAUGCCUGCAGAUCCUCUACGAGUCCUGCCCCAAGUAUAAGUUCAUUUCCUGCCCCACCUGCAAGAGGGAGACAGUGCUCUUCACUGACUACGGCCUGGCCGCCCUGGCAGUGAACACCAGCAUUCUCAACAGGCUGCCAACUGAAGCCCUCUCGGCCAACCAGGUGCAGUGGAGCAGCGAGACGGACCGCGGCUGCUAUCAGACCUUCCGCCAGUACUGUGGGGCAGCCUGCACUUGCCACAUCCGGAACCCGCUGUCUUCUUGUGCCAUCAUGUAAGCUGCGUGUUUCCGACCCUGCCCCCGGUCUGCCCAAAGUCUUUCGCCAGCCUCAGCAGUGGGACUGUACGAGAGAGAACAGUGUGGCUUCCGCAGGCCCUGGGAGACGCCACGGUGGACCAGGCUAGCCCCCGGUCGGUUUUCUGGGAUCGGAAACUACCUGGCUGCAGACUCCCCUUGUGUUUUGGUGGCUAGAAUGGAAUGGCUGCUGCUGUGAGGAGAGAUGCGUUGUGGAAGUAACCCUGGGGUCAGACCUGGCAUGGAGGCUUGCUCCCAGUUGCAGGCUGCUGGAAGAACCAUCAGGAAGACCACUGCCAUCCCCUUCCCUUCGCCUCCCCUUCCUCUGUGCAUCUGAGGGACCCCAAGCCAUGCUGGGAUUGGAUCUUCAAGGGUUGGGUUUGAUCUCGUUCUUCUCAGCUCACGGCUUAGUCCCAGUGGGUUACAUUUGUACCAGUGGUGAGAACAGGGUGGUUGUUGGGAGAAGAAUUGCCAAGGCAGGAUCCUGGAACAAUACAUAAAUGAUGCCAGGCAGGGCCUGUGCUGGAAGCCAAUGCAGACGCCGGUUUUAAGUUAUUUGCCAAAGCUUCUGAUUCUGUGGCCAAGUGUUAUAAAUUCACUCAGUGCUGCCAACUGAAGUCCAGUUGCAAAUAGGAGUUCCAUAAAGAAUCACCGUUUUCCCGAUGCAAAUUCUUAACGGAAGCGGAAAACAAAUGUACAUUUUAAAUCCUCAUUUUGGAGGAUGCAUUCCUCACCACUGUUUCAGAAAUGCAUCUUGUUUGGGCCCUUGCUGCUGAAUAAAAUGGACUGAGAUUGCGGUGAUCCUUGGGUUGCGUCCCUUUGGGCCAGAGGAAAGGUGCACCCACACCAAUGGAAGUUCACAGACCUGGCAGGCAGCAUCUUCCCUCCUGUGACAUUGAACUUCCUCCUAGGAAAAGGAAGGUGAACCCCGGUCUCUCCCAUUUAGGGCCAUUUCAGGAGCAAACAGGGUGUGGGUCACUCUCCAACUGCUAGCCAGGUCCCACCUCGCGAUUACAGCGCUGUGUAUAAAGACCUCUCAGUUCACGAAAAAGGCCUUCCCAACUGAAGGGCAAAUACAUAGCGCCCCGUGCAUUUUGACCGUUGGAACGCCACAGCGGUAUCAGGCGGGGGGGAAGAGAAGACUUACUUCCUCUGGCAGAGCUUGGUCUUGGUCUCUCCCUUGGGGGAGGCAUCAGUCUUGCAAAACAUUCUCUGCCAAGUUAGAAAAAAAAAAGCCAUAACUUGAUCUGUGUCCAAUCAACACCGGAGGCCAGGCUCACAGAAAAGGGCACACCUUAGUGAACCAUCUCUUGAGGUUCAGCCCCACUUGCCCGUGGCCCGGGAGAGAACGGGACAGCUGAGUUUCUGGCUUUCUCCAGCAAUCCGGGCAGGUUUAGAUUUAGUUUAAGUUGCCCUACGGGCCGUUCCGGAAGUAAGCCUGACAGGGUGCUCACAGCUGGCAGCGGGGCACAAAGGAACAUCACUAGGUCACGCUGAGUUCAAAAUCUAGAGAAGCCACAGCACAAGGAGGUUGGGAGCAAAUCUGGGAGUAGGCCUUGUGGUAGUCUAACAAAUCCUCAUGGUAGAGUUCAGAGCUGCCUCAGAAGAGGGACGCUUGACUCCUGCCAACCAGGGAUACAAACAGAGGCAAAAGGGCAGAGCUGCCUGAUCCAGGCUGCAGGGCUGGGAAGGUGAAUUGAGUCCCCUGGAUCGAUCUCAAGGAAUGGGCAGUGAAGUGCGAAGUUCCUCGGUGGCCUGGGGACUUCCAGUCCAACCACCCAGGAACACCUUGGGUCAGGAAAUGUCUGGAAUUGGCUUGGCCGAAUUGCCCGUACCCCUGGUAGGCAGACAAGCCUUGCCCAAAGCCCAGGUGGAUGGUCUGCAGUGGGCACAGGAGAGGGAAGGAGGCGGCUGCAGCCAUCAACCCAGAAAACAAGAUUACGGUUAUGAUGAAGAUCCUGUUUUAUACCUGGUGGUCUUGUUAACCCUCAGCCAAAUCUCCUAAAUAAAGAAUGCUC